AUGGCUGCCAUAUACACGGUUUACACCUCCCCGAACCAUCCGCCGAUACCUAACCAUCUGCCAACGCUCAUCGUAACGCCCCAUGGCCAACCGACCAAUAUCCUGUACUCCUACCUGCAUACGAACUUCAACACCGAGAACUACCUUCUGACCCCUUCCCCGCAAGGCGAUCUGUGCGUGGCGAAGCUCUUCCCCCCGCGCCAGAAUGCCAACGGAAAGACGACCGCGUCGGAUCCCGGACACCAGCCUCAGGGCUCCUCAAGGACCGUCCGCUGUGAGGCUUCCCGCAAUCUCAAGUGGUCUAUCGCCAAUACCGGAGUGCUAUCCCCCAUCUACAAGCUUUCUCUGCCAUCUCCAGACUCGGCCGAUCUGCCUCUCUUUCAGAUAUCCAAGCCUAAUCCCAAUGCCGCUUUCUGGAGCAUGUUUUAUUUCGCGUACGCAGGCCACAACAUCCCACCUAAGCGCAUUGAGUUUGGCAAGAUCAUGAAGAAUCCGCCAGGUCCGAACGGCGGUGGUACGCGUAUCAGUAUAACUGGUAAGACGCCCGAGGAGAAGGCAGUAUGGCAGACUCUCGGAGAGGGAAACGAGGAUUGCGUUGAGUGGGUGGUUCUCUGCGCCGCCCUCAACUUGCUAGACGAUGAGAUCAUCAAGGCGGCCGAGAAAAACCCUCCGCCGCCCUCUGCGCCCAGUUCGAACGGCCAUCCCCCGGCAGGCCCCGGCGGCCGUCCGCCUCCAGUCGCUCUGCGCGACCCCGGUCCCGCACUCUCAGCGAUGCCCGGGCAGCCCAUGCGCGCCAACACCAUGCCUCCACCCCAAGGGCAAGGUCCCCCACCUAUGCGCGGGCCUCCUGGACCCGGGCCCAUGCCUGGAGGUAUGCGCGGACCCCCGGGCCACAGGGCUUCCCUCCGCAGGGUGGCCCGCCCCCUGGUCAAGGGUACCCUCCACAGGGCGGCCCGCCCCCUGGUCAAGGAUACCCUCCACAGGGCCCAUCCCCCGGGCCGGUGGCUUCCCCCCGCAGGGCCCACCGCGCGGUCCUGGCUUCGGUGGUCCCCACCUCCAGGCUUCGCUCCCGGGCCUGGCGGAUACCCUCCCCCGGACCUGGACAGCCUCGGCCGGGUCCCCCAGGACAGCCUGGUGGGUUCCCUCCGAACGGUGCGUUGGUGCGCCGGGCCCGCAUCGGGGUCCGCCCCUGCGAUGCAGGGCCAGCCGCCGCGGCGAUUCUAG